AUGUCUAACCUGAUCCAUAGCUCGGACUUUGCCUCCCACGUCUCGUCCAUGGCUACCGCCCUGACAACUGCUGAACCUACCGAGGGUGGUCCCAAUACGUCCUCGUCGUUUGUGGGCAAUACGCCGUCUACAGUGCUUUUCUUUUUGGCCAUGUCAGUUGGUGUGGCUAUAGCAUUUGUGUUUGUGUUUUUCACCAUGCGUUACUUCGUACGGUCCCGUUACGGGCUUCACAUUUACCCUGUGGCACAUCAUGGCAUGAUGUUCACUGCCAACGUGGGUCCCGAUCGUGUGGACUUAUCUCAUUCUCCUUCCGAUAGAGAGCUUGACUGGUACUUAAAUUACCUACGAAACAACCACUUCUUUAGGGACGACUUCUUUGAGCGCCGCUACCUCUCGGCAGUAGAGGGGCUAGACGCUAUGGCUGCCAGUCGUCGUAGACGGCGCCGCAGAAGAGGUCGGUACUCUAAGAUGAAGAAACUCACAGUGGCUCAAGUCGACCGUCUUUUCCCUAAGACCUCGUAUGCGGAGUGGCUUCAUGCUGGCGAUACGGAAGACGACAUUACGUCUGUUCGUAUGGACGCAGAUGGUGAGCCUGAGAAAGUAGCUGCAACUACGCUUGAGUCUGAACAAGGUGACUUUGAGGUGAUUGAGCUUCGGAGAUUAUCUUCAGCUUCCCCUGUGGAACCAGCUCACCCAGACAUAGACGCUACUUCGCUGGCGGCUACUUCAAAUGCCAAAGGUGAGCUCCAUUUUGACUCUGGAAGUUGCGCCAUUUGUCUCGAGACAUACGAGCACGACGACGUCGUCAGAGGUCUAAUAUGUGGGCACGUCUUCCACGCAGAGUGUGUGGACCCUUGGCUAACAAGACGCAGAGCCUGCUGCCCAAUCUGCAAAAGGGAUUAUUACAAGGAGAAUUCCAGAAAUACCGCCCAUAAUAAUAUCACUGAGCUGCCGCCAGCUGAAACUGAUCAGGUUGCUAGAAGAGGAUCUAGUACUGGUCAAGAACCCACAGAGGUUGGCGCCAGUGAUGAACACAGACUGGAAGAUCCUUCGCAGCCACAAGAAGUUGAUUUAGCCGAGACUCCUACAACGACUAACAACCAAGACAAUGAAACAACCACCAACAACAGUCAUCUUGACGAUGACUUUGCCAUCAACUAUGAUUUACUUCGAAACGAUCCUAAUCUUAGGGCUCUUCUCAAUGAGCUUAUUCCGCUCUCCGAACGAGCCAACGCUAUCUUGCUGGGACAAGAAACGCUCGAUCUCGAAUCUGCCGCCCGUAACACUGCCAAUAAGAAAUACCUGCGCUGCUGGAAGCGUGUAUUCUGGAGGCUUAUGGGUAUCAGCAAAGAGGAUAUGUUUAACUGGGCCGUCAUCUCUCUUUAUUCAAGAGAACAGGCCCAGCAGGCUGAAGAAGGCAGAGACGACGUCACAGAGGAUUUUCGUGUACAGCAUUUACCCCAUGUGGAUUCGAGGGCUCAACAAGAAACAGCACCAGAAGAACCACAAAUGGAACAAGUGAAUUCUGUUCUGGCCCCUGAAGCUACCACUGAUGUUACACCCAGACGCAGUUCCCUGGAGAGUGGACCUAGCAUCUACCACAAUGCUGAUGAAGACAAUGCAAAUGCAGAAGAUCUUGCCGAGGCAACACGAGAACUGGAAGCUCCACACCCUCAGAUACCUCAAAUUACUAACAAACAAGCACCAAAGAAGAAUGUUAGGAAGAUGGACCUUGGGUCCUUUUUAAACGACGAGUCCGUUGGAGGCGGCUCCUGGGCUGACGCUGAGGUCGACAUGUCCUCUAUCGGUGUCAAUGUGGGCGGCUCCGGUGCUGCCCCAGUCCAGAGAAGCACCGAUUUCUCUGAGCAGUAUGCCAGAAGAGAUAGAGAGGAGGUCCCUAUCCCAGAUGCUCCUCCUUACAAGGCUCGUGUUGGUAACUUGCCUUACGAUGCCACUGAGGGUGCUUUGACCCGUUUCUUCGAGGACAGAUUGCAGGCCAGAGAUAUUGUUACCGAAGUGAAGUUGCCAAUGGAUAACAUGACCGGCAAGCCUAAGGGUUUCGCUUUCGUGACUUUCACCGAGAGAGCUGCUUUGGAGGAAGCUUUGAACUUGACCAUGUCUGAGUUCAACGGUAGAAAGAUGUACGUCAACGUUGCCGCUCCGCAGAAGACCGAUGUGUUUGACUUGGACUGGAGAUCUGCCAGAGGAUCUGGCCAAGCCGGCGGUAGAAGAGACAGAGAAAGAGGAGAGGAGGUCGAGUUGGACUGGGGUUCUGCCAGAUCUUCUGGUCCACCACCAGGUGCCGGUAGAGACAGAGGUCCAAGAGGCCCAAGAAGAGAAGACCCAGAUUUGGACUGGGGUGCCGCCAGAUCUGCCUCUGGUGGCUUGCCUCCAAGAGAGCCAAGAGAGAGAAGACCAAGACCAGAUGAGCCAGAUUUGGAUUGGGGUAGCGCCAGAAACGCUGGUGGUCCAUUGCCUCCAAGAGAGAGAAAGCCAAGAAGAGAGGAGCCAGACUUGGACUGGGGUUCUGCUCGUGCCGGUUCCGGCCCAUUGCCUCCACGUGAAAGACUGAACAGAAAGCCAAAGGAGGACAACUUCGACUGGAGCUCUGCCAGAGGCAGCGGAUUGCAGCUGCAGAAGAAGGAAGAGAAGGAGUUUGACUGGAAGAGAGGCCAGAAGUUGGAGCCACGUAAGAAGGAGACCGCCGCUCCAAACAAGAAGAAGACCGACGAACAGCCAUCCGGUCCUCAGAAGUCUUUGUACGACGUUUUGUCUUUGGACGAUGACGAGGAUGACGAAGAGGAGGAGAAGACCCAGGAAACGGGACUCGAGCAGAAGGUUGCCGACGUGAAGUUGACCGAAGACAAGACCGAGCAGAAGGAAGGCGGCGCUUGGAACGUUGUGGGCAAGUAA